AUCGCAUUAUCUCAAUUUGUUUCCGUCUCGUGUUAUCGCGAGUGCUGUCUCGUCCGUAGGUGAAACCUCGCCGACGCGUGCAAACGAGCCGUUCUCUGGUCUGUGUCACCUACUCGGGCGUUAGGAUUCGAAAGACGGACCGGCAUGAGGGCGUACAGACGGGUGUGUAAUUACGCGACGGCGGCGAUUAAGCAAGAAGCGCAGUAUCAGAUACCGACGGCCGCACGCACGGACAAGACGAACCCGGCAGAUCAUGAUCAUCAUGAUGAAUCAAAAUUUUACACCAUUGAUCCUAAGACAAUAACUAGUUUAUUUCAAAUGGGUGGUUUACCAAAGCCUUUCACUGAACAAACCCAAAUGUUUGCUGAAACUGCAUUGAUGGUGCGAAAACCAGCAUUAGAAGUUAUAAGAGGAUUAAAAUUGGCUGAUUACCAAAAACCAGUCAUCAGAUAUCUAUUAUAUGGUCAAACUGGUAGUGGCAAAUCUCUCAGUCUUGCUCAUAUACUUCAUUAUGCUCACAACUCUAAAUUCAUUUUGUAUCAUAUCCCAUAUGUUCCCAUAUGGCUUAAAUAUGAUAGGAAAGAAGUAAACUGGUCAACUACCAAAAAUGGAUUAGCCGACAUACCUCUUAUUGCAGCUCAAUGGUUAAAACAUUUCAAACAUCAAAAUGAAGUUUUAUUAAAUGAACUCAAUCUCACAACAAGUCAAGAUUAUGUUUGGAGUAUACGAGAAACUACGCCUAAAGGAACCAUAUUAAAUGAAUUGAUUACACAUGGUAUCAAUAGAGCAAAAUAUGCAUGUGACUGUAUGGAUAUACUAUUGAAUGAGCUAAAAGCUCACUGUUCAAAUAAUAAAUGUAAAAUGUUAGUGGCAGUAGAUGGAUUUAAUGCAUUUUUCAAUGAAAAAACGGAUUUGAAAACCGAAGAUAGAGUUAGAGUAACUCCUCAACAAAUUUCUAUGGUACAGACAGGGUUAUCAGCUGUCCUUUCUGAUUGGAACAAUGGUGCGGUAGUUAUGGUCACAUCACCUAGAGCAGCAUUAAAUACAAAAAGAGAGUCCCAUUUACCAAUUUACCUCUGUGGUCGACAAGGAUUUGAACACAUAGAUCCAUUCAUUCCAGUGAUGGUCCCUGAACUGACUACCACAGAAUUUAAUAACAUGUUAGAUUAUUAUGAAGAAAAAAGAUGGCUUCAAAAAACCGGUGGCAGAAAAGAACUAGAGUUCUUGACUUCUAGAUUACCAGCUGAAUUGAUGGCAAGAUGUGCUUCAUUGUAAACGUGUGUAUUUAAUCAUUGUCUUGUUAUUAUUUAAGUAUGGUAGAUUUUUUGAUUUAAAUUUUCA